CCGAACUCGUAUUCCCAAGCCUUGAGGGGAAAGGAUAAACCGAUCAACGAUGCUGGUCUUCGGGUGUACCGGCGGCGGCUGGUGCGCUACACAUGCCUUGGGAUCGGCGGCUUCGGCCAUGGCUUCCUCCCCGUUUCUUCGCAUCGCCCCUACCCUUCACCUCCGACGCUGUUGCAGGAAAUUCUGGUGCGAAGAGCCCAAGGAGGGCACGACGAAUGGGUGGACGAGGAGGAGGUCGACGAGUGCGGCGCAGCGGAGCCCCGACGUGGUUGAGGUGGAGUACGCUGACCUCAACCUCAAGAAUUUCUACGGCGCCGCUCCUAAUUUAGGUCACAUUCGGAUUCGACAACAUGUGAAUCCCCUCAGUUCUUCUUUCGCUACACCAGUGGAGAUUCCGGUAUGGAAGGAAGUUUUCAGGGAUCCGUCGCUCCCGUUGAUGGUGGAUAUUGGUAGUGGCAGUGGUAGAUUCCUUAUCUGGCUUGCUAAAAAUUGCCCCGAAAGAAGAAAUUAUCUGGGUCUGGAGAUACGUCAAAAGCUAGUGGAGCGGUCACAGUUCUGGGUCGAAGAAUUGGGUCUUGCAAACAUUCAUUUUAUGUUUGCCAACGCCACGGUAUCCUUCGAGCCACUGGUUUCCACCUAUCCUGGACCUCUUAUGCUGGUCUCCAUACUGUUGUUUCUUUGUCUUGAAUAUGACCAAAUUUUGGGUUUGAUUGAGAGCUUAUGCCUUCAUUCGAUCUUGCAGUGCCCGGACCCUCAUUUCAAGAAAAGGCAUCACAAAAGAAGAGUUGUACAGGCGAGCUUAGUUGAUUCUAUCUCAAAAAGGUUGAGCAUUGGAGGGCAGGUCUUUGUGCAAUCAGAUGUGCUUGAAUUGGCAUUCGACAUGAGGAACCAGUUUGAUGCUUGUUUGGAUGUAUUCGAGCAUGUCGAUACCAUCGACAACAAUUUUUUAUGUGACACCCAAGGAUGGGUGCUGCACAACCCCAUGGGUAUACGAACAGAAAGAGAGAUACAUGCAGAGCUAGAAGGUGCUAGAAUCUACAGAAGGAUAUACCAAAAACAAAAGCAUUGUAUUUAGCCAAAACGUAUGAUCGAUUGCCUUAUUCCCCUGCCAAGGGCAUGAGAUUUCGGUGAUGGCGAGCCGAGGAACCAUGCACGAAAAUUGAAGGGCAUGCCAAUUCUUCCUGAUGCAAACAUGGCUUAUGCUUCAGCAGGUUGGCGACAUUAUCGGUCAACGACGUUUGAGAGUUACUGUUACAAAGCAGAAUUUUUAGCUCGAUUAGCAGUAUGUCCUGAUUCCUUUUAUGAGACAAGCAAACCAUGGCUCCUCGAUAACAUGAGGAUCGUAGUACUUGUGCGGAAAAUUGUAUACAAGAAUCGAUGAUUCCUAAUAUAUUUAGAAUGGGGAGUCUGGCAUUAUUUCCGA